GCAAUCAGUAAUAAGUUACACAUGUCCCCCAAGGACACUGGCCACAGGACAACUGGACUGUGACACACUGCUGCGCUGAGUGAGGAUAGUCGUCUUAGGGGACGCCACUGAACACUCUCCUCUCCGAGGGGGAAAAACAUAGACAAGGUAAGGGACUGUAACCUCUGAUGCAAGUUUACAGGUAUUGGCAAAACAUGUGAUCAGAUGAUGUUCUUAUCGCUAGGGAGAGGGGGUCAACUGUCCAGGGGGCAACUGUUUACCUAUUCACUGUAAACAUUUUGGAUCCAAAUUGAUAUUAACCUACUUUGGAAUUGAAUCCUAUUUCAUACAUACUUUUGAGUUAUUUUCUUUGAAGUUGUAUUGUAGCUUUGCUGGUAGACGGCAAUGAUUUUGGCCAAGGGCAUUAUAUGAGUUACAUUAUAUAAUAAUAUAAUAUGCCAUUUAGCAGACACUUUUAUCCAAAGCGACUUACAGUCAUGCGUGCAUACAUUUUUGUGUAUGGGUGGUCCCGGGGAUCGAACCCACUACCCUGGCAUUACAAGCGCCGUGCUCUACCAGCUGAGCUACAGAGGACCAUAUACUGCCUGUAUAGCUUUUUGUUCAUUAGCCGCUUAACUGCAAUAGCGUCUUUCAUUUAGAUGUUAAGUACGGCACAAAACCACAGGGCUGUACAGCGUGUGCCUUACAAUCAAUAGCUGUCGGGUGCUCUGGAAUUAUGUUUCCCAGCAUUUAGCGCAUGUCCAGACCCAUUUUUUGGUGUAGCAGACGUAAAAAUGUUGCAUUAUAUACAAGUCCUUGCCUUGGGCAUGGGGCCUUGCCUUGACCCAAAGUGAGAGGUCGCAGAACAGCACUAACCUGUGUGAUACUGAUGUGUGUUUAUUACAGUAGGGGUUGUUUAGAAAGUGCCAUGAAGCUACUGUGGAGCCUGCUGCUGCUGGGCAUGCUGCUGGCCGGGGGCUUUAGCGUGGCUCAGGAGGAAGAUGGAGAAGAGGCAGAGGAACCAGCCGAGGAGGCAGCAGUAGAAGAGGAAGAGGCAGCUGUAGAAGAGGCAGCUGCAGACAAUGAAGAGGCGGAGGUGGCAGAGCCUGAGGGUCCUGGGACAGAAGCUGGCCCGACUGAUGACCGGCAGCCUUGUGCCAUGUGGAUGGGAGGAGUGCCAGGCACUUCAGGGCACAAUGGGAACCCAGGGAGAGAUGGGAGAGAUGGGCACGAUGGCCCUCGAGGAGAGAAAGGAGAUACAGGUAAGAAGACCAACUGUACUGUGCUGCCUCUACAUCAUCCAAAGUUCACAGUAAAUCUAAUCACAGUAACCCGCAUGAGGCACAGUCAAUGAACACCAGUACAGGCUGCUAAGUUCGCCCCGACUCUGGUGACGUCUUUGUGUGUACAGGUGAACCAGGUGAGAAGGGAGAGACCGGCGAAAAGGGCGACAACGGCGCUCCGGGACCUCGCGGUUUCCCGGGCAACCCCGGUCUGAAGGGGGCACAGGGUGAGAGCGCACUGUCGUAUCACUCCUCCUUCAGCGUGGGCCUGACAGAUCCCGUCCCCGCCACCAACGUGCCCAUCCGCUUUAACAAAUUCUUCCACAACGAGCAGCACCACUACGAUGACGUGAGCGGAAAGUUCCACUGCUCCCUCCCCGGGGUCUACUUCUUCACGUACCACCUCACAGUCUACACUAAAGAUGCUCGGGUGAGCCUGUUCAAGAACGACAAGCCCGUCAUGUUCACCUACGACCAGUACCACGAGGGCAACGUGGACCAGGCCUCGGGGGCCCUCAUACUGAGGCUGCAGUCUGGGGACGAGGUUUGGCUGCAGAUCUACGGAGAUGAGGAGUUUGGGGGGGUGUAUGCUGACAACACUAACGACUCCACCUUCUCCGGGUUUCUUUUGUAUCCCGACAUGGGGGAGUUGGAGGCAAGAAGGAGACGUCACUCUGUUGGAGUUGGUAGACACUGAGGUUUAUGCAGGUCUUGAAGGGUGAUGUAUAGAGUAGGGAAGGCUGUAGCGACCUUUUCCUGACUGCUCUAUAGGCCUACAUUGCCCUCUGGCUGGGGACUGAGGGGGGAGGGGUAUAAGUCGUUUCUUACAUUAGUACGUUUUUAAAAGGGUGCACAGAAUGCUUUAAACUUCUCAAAUGUUAGUUCUAUAUCUAUAUAUAAGAUGUUUCGCUUCAAUUGUUAGGUGGAUUCUAGCGUAAAAGAGACAUUAAAAUGAAGUAUUGAAUUGGUAUUGGAUGUAAUAACUUGUGCAAAGACAAACAGCCUAGAUGGCUUUAUGGCAGUGUCACAUAUUUAGGCAGUGUCUGUGAAAUAAUAAAAUGUGUUAUAGCAAAUGUAAAA